AACUAUCUCCUCCACGGCAACUAUGGAUAAACUUCGUAGUGUUUUGCUCUUGCUUGCUCUCUCUUGCCUUGCAGCCGCUCUUGCUGGUGAUGAGCAACGCGAUGAUCUAGUCUCUGCUGCCAAUCUCCAGGCCAUGGUGUGCAGGCCAAACUCCCAGUGCUGCCCCGGCUCCAAGCGAUGCAGCAAGGCAGGCCAGUUUUGUGGACGUUGCACCCGAAGCUUUCCUCCAACUUGCUUCUGUGACGCCCCGAAUCCGAAAAGAUGCAGCGCCGCAUCACAGUGUUGCUCGGAUGCGGACUGCCUGAACGGUGGAAGCUGCAGCCUCUGCACCAGAUCUAUUCCACCCAUCUGUCGUUGCUUCAAACCCGGCAAAGCGAAGCUCAAGCUCUAGACUUCAUGGUUCCAUCUGUUUCCUUAAGUCAAGAACUCAAUGCUGUUAUCAGUAAGUCUCAUCUAGGAUGGGAUUUUGUUUCGAGAAAGUAAAGAGAGUUUUUUUGGUUA